AAACUUUACUAGUUGAAGCUCUCUAUUUAGCUUGAAGCAGCAAAGAAAAAAGGUGAAAAAGAAACCCUUAGUAUUAUUAUUACCGAUCACUUAAUCAGGAAAUGCCGAUGAACAGAAUUGCCGUUGGCACACCAGGAGAAGCUAGCCAUCCUGAUGUACUCAAAGCCGGGCUUGCAGAGUUUUUUUCCAUGAUCAUUUUUGUUUUUGCUGGCCAAGGCUCUGGCAUGGCUUUCAGUAAGAUUACAAAUGAUGGUUCAAGUAGUCCAUCUGGCCUUAUAGCUGCUGCAUUAUCUCAUGGCUUCGCUCUCAUGGUCGCUGUCUCAGUCGGUGCUAAUAUUUCUGGAGGCCAUGUAAAUCCUGCAGUCACAUUUGGCGCCUUCGUAGGUGGAAACAUAACAUUGCUGAGAGCUAUUAUCUAUUGGAUUGGUCAAUUAUUAGGCGCAGUUGUCGCCUGCUUGCUCCUCAGUUCUGCCACUGGUGGAAUGGAAACAUCAGCAUUCGCGCUUUCAUCAGGCGUAUCUGUCUGGAAUGCAGUGAUCUUCGAGAUUGUGAUGACCUUUGGGCUGGUGUACACAGUUUACGCGACUGCAGUGGAUCCAAGGAAGGGAAACAUAGGGACUAUUGCACCUCUUGCUAUAGGUUUCAUCGUGGCGGCCAACAUUUUGGUUGGCGGUGCUUUCGAUGGUGCAUCCAUGAACCCUGCGGUCUGCUUCGGACCAGCUGUGGUUAGUUGGACAUGGAACCAUCAUUGGGUGUAUUGGAUCGGACCAUUCAUAGGUGCUGCAAUUGCUGCCAUUAUCUAUGAUAAUAUCUUCAUGGAUGAAAAUGCACACGAGCAGCUUCCUGUUACUGAUUUUUAGAAACGUGUCUUUUGUUAGUGAUUCAACAAGAUCACUUUAAAAUCUGAAUAAAUUUUGUUAAACUUA